CAACUGCGCGUCGCAUGGAUUGCCGGCCUAGCAAUUUUGCGCCGCGCUUCACAUUCACUGCGAAGUACUCCGUACCACCGUACAGCUACUGCUGUCCUCGAGGGGCAUUCCCGUGGCUCCAGCGGCCGGAACAAUACAUUCAACACCAUCCAUAGCCCCCGUUUUACUGUCCCCAUCCCGUCACCGUAGCCGGCGGGCUGCUAGAAAAAAACGCUCCCGGAUCCAUUCAUCGACCACGAGCGAGCUGCAGAGGCAAACAUCUGGCUGUGCCGACGGAUGGCCGACCCGGGGCACCACAAUGACUUCCCGGACGUGUCGUCAUUCGACGACGAGUCCUCGGUCAUAUCUACGCGAGGACUCGAGGCAUUCGGCCGCAAAGUAACCACUACCGCAAGCCACCUGAUGGCCCCGCGCUCCGAUCCCACCUCCAACUCCCACUACCACAGCGCCUUGAGCGAGAUGCAUCGGCAGCUGCAAAAGCCCGCGGUGCAGCGGAGCGUGCUCUCAAUGGCGCGCACAACGCCGACCGACCUGGUGCGCUCGCGCCUGUCGACGAAAGAAAUCCAAUCCCGGGCGCUGGCAUACGUGCCGGACGAGCUUCUGCGGAACAUACCCGAGGUCGAAAACACUUACUCCCUGUUCCAGGGGUUUCAAGCGAGCUUUCCUGAAUUCACCGACGAGGGCAAGAAGCACCGACGGCGCGUCUCGCGGGGCAGAAAGUUGCUGGACGAAGGGCCGACGCCGCCGGCUGGAACCCCCGAGGCGGUCAACAAGCUGAAGAAGGAAAAGGCGUCCAUGACGCACCAGCUAGAGAUGCUUGGAAUCCGCAAGAACAUGGCAAGCAGCGAGAUCCGCGAGAUCGAUGCUAAGAUGGAGAACCUAGCGGGGAUGCGCAGGAUCCUUCUGGAAAGGCUGGCCAACCUGGAGAAGGACGAGGCGCUGCUUGAGCAUGACAUUAUUGAGAUCGAGGGCAAGUUAGAAGAAGCACAGGCGCUCAUGGAGGAGGCAGAGUCGGUCGCGUUACGAACACCUACAAAAUCCGAAGAUGACCAGGCAUCAGAAAAGGGGGACACGCCAGGAUUCAUGUCGCAGUCCAUCUACGAAAAGCUCCCCUCAGCAAACAGCACGCCAUCCAAGCGGAAACCGCGGAGCAUCCGGCGGAAAUCCAUGCCCAUUCUCCACGAGCACUUCGAGCCAGGGACCAUGAUCCGGUCGAUGCGCGCACACCACGACAACAUCACAGCCCUCGAUUUCGACGCCCCCUUCGGCUUGAUGGUCUCUGCCGCGAUGGACGACUCCGUCCGGGUUUGGGACCUGAACGCAGGGCGCUGUAUCGGCGUGUUAGAAGGCCACACGGCGUCUGUGCGAACGCUCCAGGUCGAGGACAACAUCCUCGCCACCGGCUCCAUGGACGCCACGAUCCGGCUGUGGGACCUUAGCAGGGCACACUACGACCCGCAGGGCAGCCGCUUCGGCAAGGACGACGAGGACGAGGACGCCAUCGCGUUCGAGAACCCGGACGACCAGCCCGUCGACCCGCCCGCCGGCAGCAUGGCCGACUGCCCGCUCUUCACCCUGGAGGCGCACCUCGACGAGAUCACGGCGCUGCAUUUCCGCGGCGACGUUCUCGUGUCUGGCUCGGCCGACAAGACGCUGCGGCAGUGGGACCUGGAAAAGGGGCGGUGCGUGCAGACGCUGGACGUGAUGUGGGCGGCAGCGCAGGCCUCGGCGCUCUCGGCCAGCGACAGCACGUGGAGGCAGAUGACCCGGGCGGCGGACAUGUCGGCCCAUUUUGUCGGCGCGCUGCAGGUGUUCGAGUCGGCGCUGGCGUGCGGCACGGCGGACGGGAUGGUGCGGCUGUGGGAUCUGCGCAGCGGGCAGGUGCACCGCAGCCUAGUCGGCCACACCGGGCCCGUUACAUGUCUGCAGUUCGACAAUGUCCACCUGGUGACGGGGAGCUUGGACAGGAGUAUACGGAUCUGGGACCUUCGGACAGGGUCAAUAUACGACGCAUACGCGUACGACAACCCCAUCACGAGCAUGAUGUUCGACGCCCGGCGCAUCGUCUGCGCCGCCGGCGAGGACGUGGUCAAGGUGUACGAUAAGGUGGAGGGCCGGCACUGGGACUGCGGCGCCGGCAUCGCCGAGGCCGAGGAGGCCAAGGCGCCCGCCAUCGUGGAGCGCGUGCGCGUCCGCGACGGGUACCUGGUCGAGGGCCGCCGGGACGGCGUCGUCGGUGUCUGGACGUGCUAGUGCCCACCCCGGUGGGAGUGGGGUCGUUCGAACCUCAAAAAGAGCUGUAAAUAUGUAACGCAUGUAGCUGUACGAAUAUAGCAUCGGGUGGAUGUGAGAUGAUGCGCUUCGGGUGGGAUCUACUGGAUUAGCGCCGCGAGGGGCGAACAAAUGAGCGAGCUGGGUAAGCCGCCACUGGUUAGGGUCCCACCUUGAUUCACUGCAGUCUG